AUGGCUUUAUCGUCAUCAUCACCAGUGGUUGUGGUUGCCCCGUGCAAGUUCCUGUCCCCCAUCGCCACCAUCGCCUCCCGCGACCUCCUCUCCUUCGCGACCACAGCAACAAGGAGGCGGCUGCUCCUCUCAACCACCACCACCAUUGCCGCCGCCAUGGCCUCUUCUUCUUCCUCCUGCAAGGUCAUCGACUCCCACCUCCACGUCUGGGCCACGCCACAGCAGGCCAAGGAGGAGUACCCGUACUUCCCAGGCCAGGAGCCCACGCUCCGUGGCGACGACGACUUCUUGCUCGAGUGUAUGAGUGAAGCUGGAGUGGACGGGGCUCUCAUUGUUCAACCUAUUAAUCAUAUGUUUGAUCAUUCUUUGGUAACUAGUACGUUGAAGAAAUACCCAUCCAAGUUCAUUGGUUGCUGUCUUGCGAAUCCUGCAGACGAUGGGAGUGGGAUUAAACAGCUUGAACACCUGAUUGUACAAGAAAAAUACCGUGCUGUGAGGUUCAACCCAAACUUAUGGCCAGCUGAUCAAAAGAUGACCAAUGAGGUCGGAAGGUCAUUAUUUUCGAAGGCAGGAGAACUUGGAGCACCAGUUGCAAUACUGACAAUGAAGGGAAUUGGUCCAUAUAUUCAAGAAAUAGAGGAGCUCUGUAGGGAUUAUCCUGCAACUACUGUUAUUCUUGAUCAUAUGUCUUUCUGCAAGCCACCAAUGAAUGAUGAAGAAGAGAAGGCACUCUCUGCAUUUCUAAACUUAUCCAGAUUCCCACAGGUUUAUGUCAAAUACAGUGCUCUUUUCCGCAUCACAAGAGAGGCAUAUCCAUAUGAAGACACUGCUCAGCUUCUUUCCCGUGCAAUAUCUCACUAUGGAGCCAGUCGAAUAAUGUGGGGAAGUGACUUUCCCUAUGUUGUUCCUGAAUGUGGCUACAAAGGAGGAAGGGAGGCGAUUUCUCUUGUCGCAGGCAAGAUACCUGUUUCCCCGUCAGAUUUGGAAUGGAUCUUGGGGAAAACAGUGAGCCAACUAUUCCAAGGUGCAUGGGUUACUCCAUGA